CGCUCCAGCACCUGCUGAACUGCUUUCUGAUAUUAAUUUCGUCGGUUUAUGUGCGCAAUUCUUUUUACCAGUUCCUAAGGGUUUGCAGUUCGGACGCUCUUCACGCUGCUGGACCCACCUCACGGUUGCCUAAAAUGCGCUUAGAAUUUAGCUAGCACAGCCCUUGGAAGCCGGGUUGGCAGCGAUGUAUUCUCAAAGUGAAAAGCGGAAUGGGACCUCGAACUACGGGGUCCCUGUGCCUCCGGACCCGGCGCGAAGUGCGAAUGGCACAAUACCUUCUCCGCCUAACCAGCCUCGGCAGAAGGGCGGCCGACCGGUCAUUAGUGCCCGCUCCAAUACAUCCACCAGCGGCGGCCCGGCCGUGAACGGGCCGCUCGUUGCCAGCGUGUUGGGCUCCCACGGGUAUGGGACCGCUUACCACACCCGGACGCAGUCGCCGGGGCCAACUCGAACCGUGGCCUCGCCCCAGCACAGCACCACGCCGCGGAGCACGUCCGCCUCUCUGCAGCGCACCUCGUCUGCAAGACGCAACUCGUCGGGCCAGACACUCCAGAAUAAGCCGCUGUUCGCGGCAUAUGGGUUGCAGUACUCGAACAAUGGCCGCGGCGCCAUCGUGGGCUUGUCAGGGGGCGGCGCCCCCGGACGCAACGCAGCCACCAUGAGCCCCUACCGCGCCCGGCCGUCCUCCUCCACGAGCCCGGUCUCCAGCGGCGCGGCGGCAGCUGCCGCCAUGGCCAGUCGGCCCUCAACGUCGCAGGCAGCGCAGCGGCCCUCAGGCGGUGAGAACUGGUUCGGCAACACCAAGCUGUCGGUGACGCUGCCGGGCCACGCAGGCGGCGACGCCCAGCGCGUCAUCAGCGAGCUGGGCCACCUGCUGUCCGUCUUCUCGCCCGUGUCGCCCGGCGCCGGCGCGCCCGCGCUCAACCGCCCCGGCAGCUUCCGCUCCAGCAAGUACCCGGCGCCAGGCGGCGGCACCGCCAGCGGCAGCAACACGCACCGGGAGGCGUGGGGCAGCAUCGCCGCCGGGGGCGCGCCGGAGGCGCCAGGCAUGGGCGCCGGCCACAUGGGCGCGGGAAUGGGUGCGGGCGCGGGGCAGGGGGCGGGUAUGAUGCGGCCCAACAGCGCCGCCAGCACCAGCAGCGUCGCCGGCAGCUCCAAGCCCAUCAUGGCGCCGUACAUGGGCGACGGCCGCCACGGCUCGCAGAGCUCCCACGGCGCCAACCUCAGCCUCAUGCGCCUGCAGCAGCAGCAGGCGGGGCCGGGCUCGGCGGGCGGGUACGGAGCGGGUGCCGCCGGGCCCGGCUCCGCGCCGUCGGGCGUGGGCAGCAGCUCUGCCGGCGGGCCGUCCGGGAGCUACUACCCGCAACAGCAGCAGCAGUACGGGUCCGCGGGGAUGUCCGGCGGUGGCGGUUCGGCGCCAGGCAGCGGGCCGGCGCCGGCGUCCGGCUCGCAGCCCUUCGUGCACACCACCUACAUCACCUUCCAGUCGCCCGCCAGCGGCGGCGGGGCCGCGUCUGGCGGCGGCAUGCCGCCGCCGGGGUCCGGGCCGCCCGGCUCCCAGUCGCACGCGCCGCCUAGGCUCAGCCUCGCCAGCAACGGCGGCGUGGGCUCGCCUCUGACCAGCCCCAGUGGCGCCGGUGGCGCCGGCUCGCCGCACCCGCCCCACUCGCCGGCGCCCUACCCGGGCCAGCAGGCCUACGGCGGCCACGGGCCGGGCAUGGCGGGCGGCAGCGGCCGCCCUUGGGAGCAGACCGGGGCAGGCGGCUCCGGGUACGGUGGCGGCGGCGGCGGCAUGCAGCAAUCUGGCAUGUCAGUGGCGUCGCCUGCCCGCGGCGGUGGCGGCGGCGCUAGUGGCGGCGGCUCUCACCACCUGCCGUACGUCUCCGUGCAUGACUCGGUCGAGGGCGCGCCGGGCUCCGGCUCCGCCUCGGCCAGUGGCGGCUUGGGCAUGAGCGCGGGCGGCAUGGGGCCAGGCAGCAGCGGCGGCUACGGAGGUGGCAUGGGCAUGGGCGGCUAUGGAGGCGGCAUGAGCACGGGCGGCUAUGCAGGCGGCAUGGGUAUGGGCUCGCCGCACGGCAUGGCGGCGGGCGGCGGCGGCGGCGGCCUGCCCGCGCCUGGGUCGCUGCAGCCGCUGUCCGCCACCGCGCCGCCGUCGCUGGCGUUCAGCUCUGCAAUGUCCGCCGCCGCGGCAGCGGCGCUUGCCGGCGGCCCAGGCGCGCCGGCGCCGGCGCCGGUGUCCAUCUCUGCCAUCGCCUCGUCGCACCCGGUGCCCAACGCCUCGGGCCCCGUGCCGCAGCCGCCGCACGCCCUACUGGCGCCCUCGGCACACAGCGCGCCGCUGCAUUUCCAGCCACACCUGAGCUUUGGCAGCGCCGGCCAGCCGCAGACUCAGCCGCAGGCCAACGCGGCGGCGGUCAAGGCGCUGGGCCGCGCCGUCGACCCGCUCAGCCUGGCCAACAGCAGCAGCGGCAACAUCAGCAGCCCCAGCUCCUCAACCUCGCAGCUGCAGCCCGGCGGAGGCGGAGGCGGCGGCUUCCCGGGCACCUCCGCCGCCUCCGCGCCCAACGCCGGCGCCGCGCUGCAACUGGCGGGCCUGCGCGCCUCCUCCCUCGCGAAUGCGCCGCAUCCCACGGGACUCCCACCACCGUCGCCCAUCAAGGGCGGGCCAAAUGCCGGCGCCGCCGGCAUGGCGCCGGGGCCGCCGGGGCCGGCGCCGCCGUCGCGCGGCAUCUUCCAGCGCUCCACAUCCUCCCGCUCCUCCAACGCCUCCGGCGGCUCCGAUACCGUGCCCUACUACAACAACAGCAUCCUCGCCAACGUGCCCGGCGAUGUCGGCGGCGCGCCCGACGCCCGCGACGGCGGCGCCGACGCCGCAGGCGCCUCGGGCAACGGCGCAGGCGCCGCCUCGGGCGGCGGCGCGCCGCCGCCGCCGCCGUCACCGGGGCCGUACCAACAGGCGCCGUACACGCCCACACGCGGGCAGUACGGCAGCGGGGCGUACGGCUAUAACGCCUCGUCGAUGUCCAUGUCAGCCGGCGGCGCCGGCCACGGCUCCGGUGCCGGUACCGGCGACGGCGCGCCGCCGCCGCCGGCGUCGCCGCUGCCCGUCGCCCCGCCCAGCCCCGGCUACGGCUCUCACGUGACCUGGGGCGUGGGCAUCCCGCAGGGCAGCGCCCCCGGCACGCCCACGCGCCCCUACCACGGCUCGCAGGCGGACCUGUCCAGCCGGCGCGCCAGCACCGGCUCGCAGCUGGGCGGCAUGGCCAGCUUCGAGGUGGGCUCGCCCUUUGGCCGCGGCCACGAGGGCCUCAACCUCAGCCGCAUGCUGGUGGAGCACGGCACGCUCACGUGCCUGCGGCCCAGCACCGUGCCCUCCAACUUCGCCGCAGACAGCCAGCCCGACAUCGGCAUGUUUGCGGACCUGGGGCCCGUCAUGGCGUCGCCGGGCAGCGAGAGCGUGGGGCCCGGCGGCGGCAGCGGAGGCGGGAUGGGCAUGGGCAUGGGGAUGGGUGGAGGUCCGGGCGCGGGCAUGUUUGGUGGCAUGCAGGUGAGCGGCAUGCCGCAGGCGAGCGGCGGCAGCACCACCACCAUGCCGUGGAUGACGGGCGGAGGCGGCGGCGGCGUGGGCGGCGCGGGCGCGUGGAGCCGGCGGUCGGUGGACGGCGUGGAGCCAAGCGGCGGCAGCAGCAGCGGCGCCGUGUCGGCGUCCCAGUCGUUGCAGGGCACAGGCAGCGGCGGCGUGGGUGGCGGCGGCGGCGGCGGAGGCACGCACCAGCCCAGCCUGCUGCACCAGCUGCAGCUGCAGCAGGCGCAGGUGGCGGCGGCGGCGACGGGCAUGGGUGCAGGGCCGCGGUCCGGGGAGGAUGCGGGUGCUGGGUGGGGGCGGUCACGUGACUCCACGCCCACGCGCACCUACGGCCACGCCGCUGCCUCGGCCUCGAGCCAGCAGCAGCAGCAACAGCAGCCGCAGUCUGCGUCCUCACUUCAGCGGCAGCCCUCAUCCCAGUCCCAGCCGGUCACUUUCCAGCCGCAGUCGCAGCAGCAAUCGCAACAACAGGCACCGACGCAGCAGCAGCAGCAGCAGCAGCAGUCGCAGCAGUCGCAGCCUGGCGUGUCGGACGCGAUGGCGGCGGCUGCCGCGGCAGCGGCCUCCGCCGCGGCCGCCGCGGCGGCGGUGCAACAGGCCGUGGCGGCGGCUGAGGCGGCCAAUGUGACGCGGCGCAUGAGCAGCAGCAACGGCCUGGCACAGGCGCAGUCAGCCGCCUCCGCAGCCACGUCCGCCUCCACACCCGCUGCACCGGCACCAGCACCGGCAAUGGCAGCAUCACCGGCGCCAACAAGCAGCUCGGCGCCAGCGGUGCGCACCUCCUUGUCCGGCCUCCCUGCCUCGGCAGCGCCCACCAGCAACACCAGCGGGCCAGCAGCAGCAGCAGCAGCAGCUGCGUCAGCGGCUGUGGCACCGGUUCCUCUGCCCAACGACCUGCCGCUACGCCCCCGGUCCACAACCCCCACUGGUGGACAGUGGGGCUCCUUCACCGGCGGCAGCCGCAUCUCCAACUCGGGUGUACCGGCCACCUCGGCCGCUGCCGGCGCAGCUUCUGGCGCCUCCGCAACGGGCACCACCGCGGUGGCGGCCAGCGGCAGCAUCGCCGCCGCGGCCAGAGCCCCCUCGCCUGCCCCUGCAUCCGCGGUGCCUGCGGCAGCCGGUGCGGCAACAAGCAGCGGCAGCACGGCCAGCAGCAGCAGCGCCCCCGCAACGGCGACACACUCGGCCGCGCCGAGCGCCUCCUCCGCGUCGACCACGACGGCGUCCUCUGGGGCCGGCUCCGCCGCAUCCUCCGCCGCCAGCACCAGCAGCGGCAGUGGCUCCGGGUCGGCGGCGGCAGCCGCGGCGGCGGCACACGCCGCGGCUGUGGCGGCGGCGGCCGCCGCCGCCACCGCUUCCACAAUCCCACCGCCUACUGCCGCAACACCCUCCGCCGCCACCGCCUCCUCUGCAGCCGCCACCGCAACUUCCACCACCGCGGCCACCUCCGCCUCCGCGCACGCCUCCUCCGCCUCCUCUGCACCGCCCACCGCAGCCGCCGCAGCCGCUGCCGCCGCCGCCGCCGCGGUGCUUCAGUCGCCUGCGGGCAGCACCAGCACGCGGCGCAGCGGCAGCAUGCGCUUCAACCCGGCGGUGCUGCUGGGCCACGAGCCUGACGCGGCCUUCGGCAGCCUGCUGCCGGGCUACACGGUGGGCAAGGUGAUUGGCGAGGGCGGCUUCUGCCAGGUCCGCAUCGCAGUGCACCACCUCAGCCAGCGCAAGGUGGCGGUCAAGGUGAUUGACCGUGCCAAGCUGACGGACCCCAAUGAGGCCAAGCGCAUGCAGCGGGAGAUCCGCGUCAUGAAGCACCUCAGCCACCAGUGUGUGAUCAAGCUGUUCGAGGUCAUCGAGUCACCGCGCCACCUGUUCCUGGUGAUGGAGCACGCGCCCGCCGGCUCGCUGCUGGACUACGUGCGCGCGCGCAAGCGGCUGCCGGAGGCGGACGCCUGCGUGUUCUUCCAGCAGAUCGUGGCCAGCCUCGAGUACUGCCACUCGCGCGAGGUUGUUCACCGCGACAUCAAGCUGGAGAACAUCCUGCUGGACGCCGACCAGCGCAUGAAGCUAAUCGACUUCGGCCUGUCCGCCUUCUACGUGCCCGGCAAGCGCCUGCGGGUGCACUGCGGCUCGCCCAGCUAUGCAGCUCCGGAGAUCGUGGCCCGCAAGGCCUACGAGGGGCCUCCUGUGGACGUGUGGUCGCUGGGCGUGGUGCUGUUCGCCAUGGUGGCCGGAUACCUGCCCUUCCACGCCAGCGGGGGGAACAAGCAGGAGCUGUGCAACAAGAUCAUGGCCGGCACCUACACGGCGCCCGAGUGGCUGUCCGCGCCCAUGAAGGACCUGCUGGCGCGCAUGCUCACGGUGGACCCGGACAAGCGCAUCAGCUUCCAGCAGGUGUGGCAACACAGCUGGGUGCGCAACGGCCCCACCUGGCACGAGCGCGGCGUCAACUGCUACGAGGUCACCCCCGACCCCGGCGCCCUAGGCGGCCUGCGCUGCGACGAACAGGUGGUGGCAGAGCUGGAGUCCGCCGGCUACCCGCGCUCCUCCCUGGUCCAGUAUCUGAUUGCGGGCGAAGCCAACCACUUGACGGCCAGCUAUUUCUUGCUGUGCGAGUCCAAGGCUGACGCGAUGCGGAAGCUGAGGGCCAGCACGAGCCACGGGCACCGCGGCAGCGGCAGCAGCAGCGCCGCAGGCGGCAGUAGCUCUGCGGGGGGAGGCGGAGGAGGAGGCAGUAGCUCGCACCGUAGCUCAUCGGUGACGCCGGGCUCGGCGGCGGCGGCGGGUUACAGCGCAGCACACGGCUCGGCGCAGGUGGCGGCGGCGGUGGCCAAGGCGCGCGCGGCGGCGGGCGAGAGUCCGGGGCGGAGCAGUCGGCCCACGACGGCGGUGGGUGCGUCCGGCUACUCGUCAGCACGCGGCGGGCGGAGCGACCGGCAUGCGGAGGAUUACACGCCCGGGCGGACGGCGGUCGCGGUGUGAUCACACCCGUGGAGUGCGUUGCAUUGUCGCGCGGAUCAGGAGUGACACGUUAACUAGCAUUGUCAUGCCUGAUCCGAAGGCGCGCCUUCGAUAGAGCAUGCGUGCAGUGUCGCGCAUGCGUCAAUUCAAGAGAGCAUGCGCGCAGUGUCGCGCAUGGUUUUGUUUUUACUUAUGUUGUUCGACACCGAAACGCGGCGUGUUUAUGUGUCUGUGUGGCCAAUUUCUGCAAAAUACAGCAUACGCACGCGCGGCACACAGCGUGACCCAACACAUAACAGAUGCGCCGCGGCAACGUGGCAGCACGGAAAGCGUGACACAGGCGCACACAGGGGGCUGCGAUUACGCACGUAGUGGAGACUGGCGGUCGUGAUUACGGCUGCUGUGCGAUUUAGCCCUUUGCCCAUCCAUUAGACCAUUGACAACAAACACGUUUGUUGCGGACUGUGGGACCUGUUAGUAUAUAAAUACGACAACCGGCCGGCUGCCUUGGACUAAUAGACUGGGACGUGACACCCAAUUUAGGCCGCCUUUCGCUGACUGGAUGUGCGUUGGCCACCUUUUGCCUAAUACGUGCUUUGGUCGCCUGUGAUUUAUCUGCAUCCUCUAAGCCGGGGCGGAGUGUUGUCCUCUGCUGGUGCUGCCUGUGACGCGCACAGACUUUGGCAGAAGUCGCAUGCAUUCCUGCAUGCACGCAAAUGUGCUGCAUGUCGAGGGGGUGGUUUGGCAGGGGCCUCUUGGGGUCUCGGGAAGGUAACCUGAUGAAACGGAUUCUUACUGGUAGUCAUAAGAGAUGCGCGAGCAUGUAUCCUCCUUUCCAGCAAGGCGAUCCUCUGCAUGUAUGUACAUAGACUAUCUCGUUAUGCGUGGGCGGUUAGUGCAAGUUCAGAGGUCCCAUGGGUGCAGUCGGGCCCAACUGUCAAGAACCUGGUGAUGGUGGAUGGGCGCGCCGUUUUCCGUGCAUGACGCCCCGACGAUGCACUGGCGUGCGUUGGAUUGAAGGGGUGGCUACAUGACGCAAUAGACCGGAGCGGUAGUCAACACACGUGCGCUUGGGCCCCAAUGGCUUCCUUACAGGGGCGCCUGGGGCGGCCGCUGAAUCACUGUUCGCUACUAAAUUGAACGGCGCCGCUGUAAUUAACAUGCGUGGCCAAGUGGCCCUACCUGUGAUAUCUGUGUUUUGCCUGGGCCUCGUGCUCAGCACAACAUACCGGUAGCCGCAAAGCAUGUGCGGCCUGUGUAGUAUUCGUCAUCAACUUA